AUGGCCUUGAGCUCCUUGAGUUUGGCAAUUAAUUCGUCAACAGAACCAACCUUCAAACCACCCUGUCUUGCUGGAGGGUCUUCAAGUUUUAAAAUUUCGAGUCUCUUCUCGAUAGAGACGCCCAAAUCUUCCACCUUGAGCUUCUCCAAAGGCUUCUUUUUGGCCUUCAUCAUCUUUGGGAGUGUCACAAACUUAGGCUCGUUCAAUCUCAAAUCGGUGGUAAUAAUCAUUGGCAAAGACGCUUUGACAACUUCCACACCUCCGUCUAUUUCUCGCUCGACUUCAACGGUUGAAUCGCUGUUGAUCUUAACUUUCGAUGCAUUUGUUGCUUGUGGCCAGUUAAGCAGGCCGGCAAGCAUCUGGCCAGUUUGGUUUGAAUCAUCAUCAAUAGCUUGUUUACCCAAAAUGAUCAAGUUCGAGUUCUGUCUUUCUUGA